AGUGCGUCAGGCGCGGGCGGAAGCGGCCGGGACGGGCGGGUGCCGGAGGGUCGCGGUGGCCUCGCCAUGGUGGAUUACAGCGUGUGGGACCACAUCGAGGUCUCGGACGACGAAGACGAGACUCACCCCAAUAUCGACACCGCCAGUCUCUUCCGAUGGCGGCACCAGGCCCGAGUGGAGCGGAUGGAGCAGUUCCAGAAGGAGAAGGAGGAGCUGGAUAAAGGCUGCAGGGAGUGCAAGAGGAAACUCGCCGAGUGCCAGAAGAAAAUGAAGGAGCUGGAAGUGGCCGACCCGGAGAGCGGGAAAGGGGAGCUGGAGAAGCUCCAGGCCGAGGCCCAGCAGCUGAAGAACGAGGAAAAGAGCUGGGAGAACAAGCUGGAGGAGCUGAGGAAGAAGGAGAAGAACAUGCCCUGGAACGUGGACACGCUCAGCAAGGACGGGUUCAGCAAGAGCGUUUUCAACGUGAAACCCGAGGAGAAGGAGGAGACCGAAGAGCAGAAGGAAGAGAAACACAAAACCUUCGUGGAGCGAUACGAGAAGCAGAUUAAACACUUUGGGAUGCUGAGGCGUUGGGAUGACAGCCAAAAAUACCUCUCAGAUAACCCUCACCUGGUGUGUGAGGAGACAGCCAAUUACCUGGUGAUCUGGUGCAUCGACCUGGAGGUGGAGGAGAAACACGCCCUGAUGGAGCAGGUUGCCCACCAGACCAUUGUCAUGCAGUUCAUCCUGGAGCUGGCCAAGAGCCUCAAGGUGGAUCCCAGGGCUUGUUUCCGGCAGUUCUUCACCAAAAUUAAGACAGCGAAUCUGCAAUACCUGGAAGGGUUCACGGAGGAGCUGGAGGCUUUCAAGGAGCGGGCGAGGGGCCGGGCCCGGGCCAGGCUGGAGAAGGCCCUGAAGGAAUAUGAGGAAGAGGAGAGGCAGAAACGCCUCGGGCCGGGGGGGCUCGACCCCGUGGACGUCUACGAGUCCCUGCCCCCCGAGCUGCAGAAAUGCUUCGAUGUCAAAGAUGUUCAGAUGCUUCAGGACACAAUCAGCAAAAUGGACCAAACCGAGGCCAAGUACCACAUGCAGCGCUGCAUCGACUCGGGGCUCUGGGUGCCCAACGCCAAAGGAGGGGAAGGGGCAGAGAAAGGAGCAGGGGAAGCCACGUACGAGGAGAUCAAGAAGGAAAACGGAGCCGAGGACAAAGCAAAACCCUGAGAGGAAGCAAAGGGGAAAAAAAAAAAAUAUAUAUAUAUAUAUAAAAGAGAGGUGGAAAAGGUCAAAAAAGCCAAAAAAAGAAAAAUUAAAAAAAAAAAAAAAAGAAGAAGAAGCCACGCACCCUCGUGAGAAAAGC